AUGUGGAAAAAGUUCAAGCAACAAGCGGAAGAGGCCUACGACUCGGCGGCAUCUGCUAUCAAGGAGACGUCGCAAGAGUAUGGUCUUGUCCAGCCCACGCCUGCCCCGACCUACACUCCACCGUCGCAAACGCUACAAGUCGACGACUCGCAGUUCAGCUCGGCGACGUCGUCAGCGGUCGACGACGACGCCGCGGCUACCACCGCCGCCGCCGCUGCUGCUGCUGCUGCAUCUGCUGCAUCUGCUGCAUCUGCUCCCACCGCCGCGACAGGUGCAUCGCCCGGCAGAUCACAGUUUCUGUGGCGAGAGCCGGCCGUCGCCGACAUCUUUGCCGACCCGUACCUCGACGGCGGCGAUGCCGGCGACGAGGCUUCAGUCUAUCGUGCCACGGUUGCGCCGUCGCUCGGCAACGUCAGCUGUGCGCUCGGCCUCAUCGCCGAGGCUGCCGAAGCCGUGAGGACGUCGCCGGCGCUCGCUGCCCUGGUCCCGUCUGCCGUUCCGCCCGCCACUAUCGACGCCGCCAUCGCCACCCUGCGCGCCGGCGAGGCGCUUGCUGCCAAGAUGGCUGAGCUGGCCUCGUCGCGUUCGUUCCGCCGCGACUCUGCCCUCGUGGCUCUUCUCGAGCAGCUGGUGGCUGCCGUCCGCGCCCUCCCGCCCGGCGGCGUGCUCCUUGUCCCGGGCGGCUGGGUUGCCCCGCCGCCGACCGAGGCCGAUCCCGAGCCCACGCCCACUCACAUGGUUGUUGGUGCGCUCAAGUGCACGACGCCUGGCACCUACGAGUUUACCCUCACCAACACUGGGUCCGGCUUACAGUACCACCCACACACCUUUGCGCCGCCCGAGGGUGCCGAGCUCCGGGCCCGCUCGCUCUCCAUCCCCAACAUCGCCGCCGAGCGGGUCCACGACUCGGCCUUUUGGUUCCUCUACUGCUUCCCGCUCUUCUACCCGCAGCCGACCUGCGGCCCGCUCUGGCUCUACCAGCACGUCCUCCCGCACCUGGCACAAACGCCGGUCAAUGUUGCCGCCGCCUCGCCAGACGUCUCGGUCGCCCUCGAGUUCUUCCCGCCGCCGCGCGGCCCUGAUCCGUCGGCCGGCCUCGCCGUCGCGUCCACCUUCCGCUACCUCCUUCGCACCGCAGGCGUCGCCAGCCGUGCUGCAGACGUCAUGGACGGCGUGCUCAAGCUCAGCAUCGCGUCGGCUGUCACAGGCCAGCUCGCUGCCGCCCCUUUUCUCUCACCCUCAGAGUACGUCCUUGUCUCGGUUGUUGCCCGCGAGACUGCUCGACGCUACGCCCUCAUCGCCCAGCUUGUCCCGGACGCACUCAUUUCGCAAUCGCAGCUCGCGACCGCCAAGGCCAUCACCGAGCAGCUCGCGUCUUCUGCAUGGACCCUCGCCCGCAAGUCUAACCCGAUCUUCCCGCCAGAGCUUGCGCUCGAGGCCGCGCCUGGCGCCGCCGCCGACGACGAGGGAGCUUGGCCGCUCUUUGACCGCUUUGUCCGCGACUCGAGCGUCGACCAUCUCGCCGGCGAGCCAGCGCCGCCGCCCAUCCUCCGCCCCAUGCAGCUCACGCUUGUACCCGAGACCGUGACCACGCUCGACGAGGCCGCCCAGGCGCUCCGCCACUGCGUCUCGGUCUCGACCCUCCUCGCCAACCAGGCGAGUCUGGUCAAGAACUCGUACGCCGUCCGCGUCGCCCUCAUCUCCUCGCUCUUCACUCGCGUCCUCCCCACCCCGCUCCCGCCAGCCAUCGAUCAUCCGUGCUUCUGGCGGGACACGCCCAUGCGCCACGAGACCCAGAAGGACAUCGUCGCCCUCAUCCACAUGCUCUUUCGUCACUUUGCCGCCGCUUCACUCUCGGUCAAGGUCACCCGCUCGCUCGAUGCCCUCCGCAUCCUCACCUUUGCCGCCAUGGCCGCCGUCGCCGAUGCCGUCCUCCGCGUCACCGCCACUGACAUCCCUUCCGUUUUCUCUGCCCACUACGCCGGAUCAGCCCCCGGUCCGGUCGCUCCGUUUGGCUUCCGCAUCGGCGCCUUUGCCGUCGAGUCGCGCACCAUGCGCUUCCUCGAGCCGGCCUAUGUCGUGGCCCGCACAAAGGUUCUCGACUACUUUACCGGCCUCGAGGCAAUGCUCGACAACGAUCACGUCAUCUUUGGCUACGAGUCGUCGCGCACUCUCUCGUCCGGUGACGCCCGUCUGCUCUCCCAGAUCUGCAUCGCCAUGGGCUUCCCAGCAGAGUCAUCCCGCCUCCCGCUCUACCUCUCUGGCGAAGACCCGCUGCUCGUCGACAACUACCCGCAGCUCGCCUACUUUCGUGACAUCGUCUUCACCUUUAAGCUCUGCAUGGCCCCGACCUCGGACGCCCUGCCACCGCUUCGCCGCUGGCGUGUCGCCGACGCCGCUCUCGCCUGGAAGUACACCAACCCAGCCAAUGGGUUCAAGGUUUCGGCCUUUGGCAAGGAGCUCGCUGCAGGCAAGGUCGGCAAGGCCGUGGCCAAGGGCGUGACCAAGAUCGUCGGCGCAAAGUGGGGCGCAAAGUUCUCAAAGCUCAUCCACGUCUCGCUCCCGCGCGCUCCGCCUACCGGUGGCGAUCCGUCUGUCCUCGCUGGUGAGGACAUCGCCUCUGAGGCUGACGUCCUCCACCUCCCCUCCGUUCCCACCUUUGACGGCCGCCUCACCUCGCGCGACUCGGAGCUCCUCCUCUCCUACCUCACCGCACCUUACAUCCGCAUCCCGCUCAUCCUCGACUUUUUCGCCGACGAGGGUCGCAUUCAUGCCCUUGAUGCCCUCGAGCUGCAGGAUGUCAUCGAGGCAGUUCUCUUUGAGCCCGGCGCAUGGGCCGCACGUCCAGACGCCGACGCGCUCGCCGACGCACCAGACUCUGUUCCGCUCGACGCCGACGCCCACCCCGAGGCCCUUGCCACCGCAAACGGCCUCCUCUUCAACGAGCUCCGACACUCGCCGUUUGUCGUCCUCUCCGCCCUCCGCAAGCUUCUCGACCUCGUCCUCGAGCUUGACACGGGCAAGUUUGCCCCAACCUCGUCGCCGGUCCUCCUCUUUGUCAUCCGCGUUCUUGUCCGCGUCCACGAGUACAUGCUUGUUCUACUCGCCGCCAACGGCUACGCUGGCAACGACCACCCCGACCUCGUCGCUCUCCUCCCGCGCGAUCUGCAGCUCCCGCGCGACCUUGCCGUUCCAGCCGGCCUCGUUGGUCCACUGGCCAACCUGGCGGCUUCGGUCACAGCAGACCUUCACGGCCGCGUCUUUUCUAUGCUAGAGGGCUGGCGGAUGCGUGCGCUCCGUGACCGCGACGUCGCCACCGCUUGCGUCGUCCAUGCCCACAUUGCGUACCUGUACAAGGCCGCCACCCCGGCGUCGCUCGAUGACCAGGCUGCCACCGCGCUUCUCUCGGCGCAGAUCUUCCUCAACAUCAACUACCGCUUCUCGCUCGACGCGCCGACAUCGCUUGGCCACGGCACGCCUGACGAGGGUGCCUCGCGCGAAGAUCCGGACGCCCCCGGCGACAAGCUCAACACCGAGCUGUACAUCAGCCAAAUGGAACUCUUCGAGCUCUUCCAAAAGCACCGUGUCAAGCUCGAGGCCUACCUCAAGAAUCAUCCCCCGGCCGCAAACGCCAUCCUUGAGGCCAUCAUCCGCGUCGUCACCUUUGCCGGCUCGCUUGCCGCUGUUCACGACCCCUCGGCGCCGCCGCCACGCAACUGGGCCUCGCUCCCGCGCCCGUUCUGCUCUGGCCGAUUUGUGCCGGACACCGAGGACUCGCUCAAGGCGUCCAUGGCUCCGCUCGACGGCGAGUCGUACGAGGAUUGGCUCCGCCGUGUCACCACAGACUCGGUCGGGACCGAGAUCAACGUCCAGCUCGGUGAGUUUACCCUCAAGAAGAACACCAUGCAGUUGCUCGACGACGAGAUUGGUGAAGCCGCAGACUUUACCGCCGCCUACGGCAAGUCCGCUUCCGGCGCCGACCGCCUCCAGGCUGUCCUUGUCCAGUCCACCGUCCACCGGACUUGGCUCCGCCUCGUCGGCAAGCGCCACGAUGUCCACCAGUGGCUUACCCUCGAUCCGCGCCCGUUUGCCUCCUCGCUCUUCACCCGCUCGCUCUCGUCGCUCACUGGGCCGGAGGCCUGGGUUCGGGCCGCGCUCGCGCCCAUCGCCCCAUUUGCGCUCAAGGGCCUCACCGUCAAGUUUGCUCAGGGCUCGUACGCCAAUGCGUGUGUCGCCAUCGGUGCUGCCCGUGUCCGCACCGCCCUCGACGCCACCGCUCCGCAGGGCAUGGGCGCCGAUGACCCGUUUGCUGGAGACUCGGACGACGACGCUCCCGUCGUCGCAGACUCGGCUCCAGACGCCGGCGACUCGCGCUUACCAGGCCUCAAGGGUGCAUCGAGCGUCCGCACCCUCCGUGAGUUUGUCGUCUUCCGCAACCCGGCCGUCGUUCACAUCUACGAUGUCUUUGAGUACGGCCGCCGCUUCUACCGCAGGCUCAUCUUCUCGUCGUCGGCCGAGUACACCCACUCGGACGCCGAGCCCAUGCUCAUGACCCUGGGCUCCGGCAUCAACCAGGCCAUCUCGGGGGACUACGACGCUGCCUACCCGCGCCGCCCCUCGGUCGUGGUCACCCGCACCCUCACGGCGCAGCUCGGUCGCCAGGUCUUUGUCCCCGAGCGCACCCUCCGCGGCAUUGUGCCAGCCGCGCUUCUGGACGAGUAUGCCUUUUGGCAAAACGACGACGACUCACUCACUGGCUAUCUUCGGUGCGACGGCGACGCAAGCCGCGACGAGACCCGGCCGCCGUCGCUCAUCACCAUCUCGCUGGCCCUCGGCGAGACGAGCUCUGGUGAGCACAACCCACUCGCCACCCGCGGCAUCAUCACCCGCACCCUUCUCAUCGACAACGGUGCCGACCUCACACUGGGCGACGCUGCAGCAAGCGACGACGACGCCGCUCCCAUUGUCGGAGCAAACGACAUGUCCUCUGCCCCGCCGCCCAACGCUGCUCAAGCGUUCCUCAAGCCGGAUCCGAACGCACCGGUUCUCACGCUCCUCAACCCGAUGAUGGCGGCGGCUGGCUCGCAUCUGGCCUCGCUUGCCGCUGUCCUCACCCGCCUCGAGACUCUCUCGCACAUCCUGGUCUGGUCUCAUGCCCCGCCACAGGUCGCCCGAGUUGAGCUCCCGCGGCUCCGGUUGACGUUUGACGCCCGCCCGGGGCCCGACGGCGCGCCGGUCCUCUACUCAAACGACUACGCCGGGCUGUUCAUCUCGAACCACCGGUGCGUUAUGACCGAGCAGCUCCUCGAUGGGCUCGGCAAUGCUAUCCUUCUGCAAAACGGAAACCGCGAGCUCUUUGUCCUCGUUCCUGCCGCGUGCAUGCCUGCCCGCCCAGACACCGGACAGGCCUUCCCUUCGGGCAUUUUGCUCAACCGCUCAUCGCGCGAGUGGCUCGGUAAUCUCGGUGACGUGCGGACGUAUCUGUAUGCGGUCCACGCGUCGCGUACCUUCCUCAUUGCGCCGACGCUCUCGGCCACCCUCUACCUCCUCCUCCUCCGCUUCAUGUCGCGCCAGUACGACCGCGUGGCACGCAUGGCUGCCGCCGCUGUCUCCGACACUGCGCUCUCGCCAGAGGAGGCGCAGAUCUUUGAGCUCCUUGAGUUCCUUGGCUCGGAUCAGUCGCCCGGCGCCAACGCUGUCCGUCUCCGCAUCUCGCUGGCCACUGCCGCGUCGCGAACGGCUAUGCCUGUCGCCUGGAGCCUGGCCAAGGAGAUGGCAGCCUACGUUCGCGGCCGCGAGUACGUGCCCAUUGCGACGCGGCUGACGCCGGACGAAGAGCGCGAGGUCCUCGACCUCAUCGGCCCGCAAGCUCUCGCAGCCUCGUACAUUCUCCGCAACCGCAGCGAGUACCUGCGGGUUCUGCAGAGUGGGGUGCGCGGGACCAUGGCGCUCACGCCGCCGCCCACUCCCCAUCCGGAGCUUGCCCACUUUGACGGCGUCGUCGACAAGUCGGCGCUCUCGUCGGUCUCCAAGUUCUCGGCAGGCUCGCGAGCGCUCCCGCAGUACGCGUCGCCUGUCUCAGCAACUGGUGCGUCGGCCGUCAAGUUCCUGGUCAAGGCUCUCUCGACCGGCCUCCGAGUUGUCGGCGAUGACUCCUCGCUUGGUUUUGUCUUCUUCUACGAGCUCCUCAUCGGCGCUCUCAAGAUCCAGCUCCUCCCGUCGGACUCGCCAAGCGCGCUCGCCGAGGCGCUUGUCCGGACUGCGCCGACCAAGCAGACAUGCUCGACCUCGAACCUUAUGUCGAUUCUGCGCAUAUGCAUGGCCAAUCCGGCCGUGGCCACUUCGGGCGAGCUGCCAUCGUACUCGGCGCUGCUCCAGGCCAAGAAGGCCGCCGACACCUCGAGCAAGUACAUUCCGUCGGCGGUCAAGGGCAUGUUCCAAAAGGGCUCAGCCACCCUCGACUUUCUCUCGCAGAUCCACUCGGUCCUCAACGCCCGCUCGUCGUCGCUCGCCUGGCCAUGCGUCCCCAACCUCGCCGCCACCUUCUCGCCGCCGACCUCGCUCGCGCUAGACGUCCCAGACUCGUCGCGCGCUGCUCUCAAGGCUGGCAUCGGCUCGCCGCGCAUCGUCUCGUACGGCUGUGCACGCCGGGUCCUGGGCGAGUCGAGUGCAGUUUCGGGUGCCGAGCUCGCCGCCUUUGCCGCUGCUCCGCUCUCGGUCCUCGGCCUCGACAAGUAUGUGGUCCAGCUGCCGGCUGUUGCCGAACCAGUCGACGCUGCGCUUCCCUUUGAUGUGGCGGCCCAUCCGUACGCCAAGAGCCACAUCGCGUCGGCCAUGAUCGAGCGGCUCGCCGGCGACUGCGAGUACUUUGCCACGCGGACAAACAGUGCGACGGCGCCGCAGCUCGCCAAGCUCACCACCGCCAACAUUGGCGCGCUCGCCGCCGGUGUCCAGUCUUCAGUUUCUGGUGUCAACGCCGCUGCCGCCUGGGUCGCGGACAUUGAGGCCGUUCUUGUCACCCAGCACUCGAGCGAUACCCAGCGCGCUCUGGAGCUCAUCUUCACCCUCCUCGAAGCUGCCAACAACGUUGGGUCGGGCUCGCGUGACCGGCUUGUCUUUGGCCUCUUGCAGGAUGCUGGCUUCCAGCUCCAUGCAUGGAUGGAGCUGCUGGUGGCGUGGAUGCUCGACAACGAGGGCGUGGGCAAGCUGAGUGCGUUCAACCCGUUCCUCGACCGUGACCAACUCGCGGCACUGGAGCAGCAGAUUGCCAGCGUCCUCCUUCUUGUCAACCGAGUUGGCCAGACGGCGCGAGCCAUUUCAGCGGCGCAAGAGCUAGGUAAGAUGCUUCGCCAACUGGCAGUCCGCGGUCCGGCUCUGGCCGGUUCGCCCGAGCUUGACACACUCCAGCAGGGCCUGGUGCUCAAGGCUUCCUCGCUGGCUGGUGCACUGGCGACCGAGCGGCACUAUGUGUCGCGGACCGACUAUGGCUACGACCCGCGGUACCUCGUGUUUGAGUACGCGACAAACAUCAUGCUCCGUGGCGCCCAGGUGGCGCUCGUGGCCAAGUUUGAGGCGGCAUUCAAGGCCGGCUCGUCGCUCUGCCACCAGAUGAUCAUGGGUGCGGGCAAGACAACGGUGGUUGGCCCCCUCCUUGCGCUCCUCCUUGGCUCGCAGUCGACGCUGGUGGUCCAGUGUGUGCCAGGCGCACUGCUCGAGUUUUCUCGUGGCGUCAUGCGCGAGCGCUUCUCCUCGCUCAUCUGUAAGCCGGUCUACACCUUUGUCUUUACACGCUCGACGCCGGUCACGCCGCAGCUGCACGCCAAGCUCCUCAAGGCGCGCGAGACCAAUGCGGUUGUGGUCUCGACUCCGUCGAGCCUCAAGUCGUUUGCCAUCAAGUUUGUGGAACUCAUGCACAUGCUCGAGCAGCAGGGCGCGUUUGAGGGUGGCACCGGGCCCGCGCCGCAAACCAGUGAUGACUCGAUGUCGGCCAAGAUGUCCGGCUGGUUCAAGUCGGUCUCCAAAUCGGUGACAACCUCGGUCUCGACCUGGUCCUCGCGGGUCUCGUCCGAGGCCGUGGCCGAGCUCAAGGCCCAGGCCCAGGUCUGCGUCGACAUUCUCUCCCUGUUCAACACCGGCGUGGAGCUCCUCGACGAGGUUGACUGGAUCCUGCACCCACUCAAGUCGGAGCUCAACUGGCCGCUCGGUGCCAAGGAGCCACUCGACUUUACGUCGGCGGGCCUGCGGUGGCAGCUGCCAUGGCAUGUCCUCGACGCCAUCUUUUACGCCCAGACCGGCCAGCUGACGGUCGACUACGGCGAGUCGCGGGUGGCGCUGCGGGUGCUCGAGGCCAUCAAGGCGGCCAUCGAUGCGGGCGCCGCAAGCCAAGCGCUGCAGAUGACGCCGCACGUGGUGGUGCUCGACAAGGCGUUCUUCACCCGCGAACUGCUUCCGCUGCUCGCGCAGUGGACUGCGCUCUGGGUGGUCGACCACGGCGUCCGUGCGCUCUCUGCCGAGGAAGUCGGCGAGUACCUGCUCCGCGGGUCGCGGGCGUCAAGCGAAGUGGUGGCCAAGGCGAGCGCGCACCUUGACGACGAGGCGCUCAAAAUGCUUAAUCUCGGACACGAGUGGCUCACCUCGUUUCUGCCCCAUGCACUUGCCAAAAUCAACCGCGUGUCGUAUGGUCUACUCGCGGCGAGCGACAUUGCGCUCGCUGCCAAGCGCGGAUCGUUCAUGCCAACGUCGCGCAAGCUGCUCGCAGUGCCAUUUGUGGGCAAGGACCGGCCGUCUGAAGCGUCCGAGUUCUCGCACCCUGACAUUGUCAUCGGCCUCUCCAUCCUUGCGUACCGGUACGAGGGCCUUCGGUGGAGCGACUUUAAGACAGUGCUCAGCUCGCUGCGUGGGUGCAUGAUCCACGAGUAUGGGCCGUACGCAAACCGGCCAUCGGUCGUCAAGUACCGCGAGUGGGUUGAGGCCGCCGGCGGUACAGUCCGUGGCGGUGGCGGUGAGGUUGGCGAGCGGCGGCCUGGCGUUGAAAUCGCGCCGGCUGGCGAGGAGUUCACUGACCUCUGGCCGCUGCAGUUGCUCGACCUCAAGGACGCCGAGCAGAUGGGCUUGCUGUACAAGCUCCUGGCGCCGUCGGCAACCGCGAUUGCGUGGUACCUCUUUGAGCACGCUUUCCCGGAGACCAUGUCGUUCCAGACGCUCAAGCUCUCGGCUUCGGGUCAGGAGCUUGGCGGCGAGCUCCUGUUUGGCCGGCGGGUUGGCUUCUCAGGCACACCGUCGGAUCUUGUUCCGCUCGAGUUUGGCAAGUGCCACUUUGAGCGCGGCGACGACGGCAAGAUCAUGCACUUCCUCACCUCGCCGCAGGUGAUGACCCAUCGUGUGCUUGCGCCGGGUUGGACCGUCAAGUCAGUGCUCGACGCUGUGGCGCAGGCGAACCCGCCGUACCACGCGCUCAUUGAUACUGGCGCCCUCGUCACUGGCUACUCCAACUACGAGGUGGCCGAGUACCUGCUCGACGCCGGUCUCGAGGGCAUGGAUGGCGUGGUUUACCUCGACGAGGCUGACUGCAAGAUGAUCCUGCUCCGGGCCGGACGCAAGGUGAUGAAGCUUGCGGCGUGCGGCGUGGCCAAGGCGAAGCGUUUCUCGUUCUACGACCAGGUUCACACCACCGGCAUGGACAUCAAGCAGCACUUUACGGCAAAGGCGGCAAUCACGCUCGGCAAGGACAUGACCUUCCGCGACUAUGCGCAGGGCGCAUUCCGCAUGCGCGGCAUUGGUCAGGGCCAGACCCUGGAUAUCCUCAUCAUCCCAGAGGUUGCAAAUCUCAUCGAGCGGCAGGUGGCAGCCGGCCGCGGACCGAGCCGUGGGGCCGCGCGAACUGACAUGCUUGCCAACGUCGCAGCGUGGCUCAACAUCAACCAGAUGAAGUCGGAGAAGCUGCAGUUUAACUUGCUGUGUGAGCAGAACCUCGGAAACCUGUGGCGCAAGGCCGCGUUUGGCCAGCUGACCGCCGACAAGACCUUCGCCAGUGUGCCGAGCGACGCGCUCGCCCUCUUCCGUGAGCCGGUUGACAUGUCGGUGGCCAACUGCGUGCCGCAGCUGACCUCGUACACUCAGAAGCUUGAAGCUGCGGUGGCGGACCAUGCACCGUUCCUCAGCGCCCAGGCAUCGUCAACCGCUUCCGAGAUUAUCUCCAUGGUGUCGGCGACUGAAAAGGCGGCUCCCGCGGCUGAAAGUGACGCUGCCGACGACGCCAAGGAGCGCUCGUUUGGCUCUGAGCAGGUCCAGGAGCAAGAGCAGGAGCAGGAACAGGAGCAGGAGCAGGAGCAGGAGAUGGAGAUCGAGAAGGAGCAGGAGCGGGUGCCCAUGCAGGCGGCGGCAGUCAAGUACGCCCGAGACGGUGAGGGUCCGCACACCUACACGCUUGCACAGCUGGCAGAGCACACCGGUGUUGGCAGCUCGAGCCCGCUGUAUCCGCUCUCCGACUUUAGCGUGGCGACCAAGGCCGGGCCGUCGCCGGUGAUGGCUUUCCCGGCCUUUGUCGGCCUCUCGAACAACUACUACCCUGCAGCGUGGAGUGAGGGUGUGAGGAGCGGGUCGAGCAAGUAUCGCCGGAUCAAGAACGUCGUGGUGGUGCUCGAGCUGGUGCCGACGACGAGCACCCCAAGCGGAGGCGAGGCCGAUGGUGGCGGUCUGACGCCUGGGCAGCGCGAGGCGCUGCAGUCUGCGUUUGCGCUGUACGACACCGACGGCGAUGGGAGCCUUAGCGCGAGUGAGACGCGCGAGCUGCUCAAGGCGCUCGACGUCGACGUCGCGUCCGGCGGUGCAGGUGCGGUGGCGGCGGUGAUGGACGGCGACGGCGAUGGGCGGCUGUCGCUGGAAGAGCUCGAGGCCGCAAUGGCGGGCCAUACGUUCUACGGGCUGGAUGAGAGCCGGCACUUUGUGGCGGUCGACCUUGCCGAGGCGGCCAGCCUGCGGCGGGCAAUCCACCUCGCCAAGACGAGCGGCUCGUUGGGCGGGGUGUUUGGCGAGAAUGUGAAUGGACUCGGGUUCUCGCUCCGGGUUGGUUCGCGAGUCCUAGACGCGACGCCCGGCUUCCGGGCGGCGUCGCCGUACCAGGCGCUGAUGGCCGAGUCUGUGCUGCGGUACUUUGACUCGGACACCGACUACGCGGACAAGGCACUCAACAUGCUCCUGCGGGCGCUGCAGAAAAACGAGCUCGGACUGCGGGCGGCGUUCUUUGAGCGGGCGCGGGCGGCGCGUCGGCGGUCGCAGGCACCGUGGCACGAGACGCCGCUAGCGCGGCUGUUUGUGACGCAGGACGAGUUCCACCUGCUCCAGUUCCGGGCAACAGUGGCGCGGAUUCGGGCGCUGAUGCGUGCGCGUGGGCUCUUCCUUCGCGACGCGUUCCGGGCGUUUGAUCACGACGCCGACGGCGUGCUCACGACCGACGAGCUGUACGCCGGUCUCCGGUGGCUCGGGCUCGACAUGACGCCGGGCUCGCUCAAGGAUCUUGUGCAGGCCAUGGAUGUGUCGCGUGACGGACGUAUCGACUUUGCUGAGUUCCGCGAGACCUUCACCGAUCCCGACGACGAGGAGUGGUCGCGGUCGGCCAACGUGGCGAGCGUGGCCGACGGGCCUGCCCAGGUUGGGGCGGUGGUGCCGGUUGUUCCGGUCGUGCCGGCUGUGACCGCGCCUGCCGGAAGUAGCGAUGCGCCUGGACCGUCGACGGCAGUUGGCGCACCAGGCUCCUGCCCAGUGGCGAGCGAUGUGCUGGCGCAGAUCGAGGUGAGCAUGGAGGUGUGCAAGGACUUUACCGAGGUGUGGAACUCCAAGGGCUCGAUGGCCAAGUCCAAGGGCUCGAUCUGGGCACCCAAGGACGGCAUGCUCAAGGCACGCAACAAGGAGGCUGUGGUGGUGGGCCACGCCGCAGCAUCGUCUCACAAGGCGCCAAAGAAGGGCGAAGUGUACUCGCUGGUGGUCCGCGACCGGUCAGUGACACGGUUCCAAAAGUCGGAUGUGUUGGGCGAGGUCAUUGCGUUCUUUGCGCCGCCGGUGGCGCGAUGGCAUCUUGCGUGGAAGUGCACGCGCGGCAAGACCGAGGUCUACGUGUGGCGCGGCGUGGCACCGUCGGAGCACUACGCAGUGUUGGGCAUGGUGGCGACGAACAGCAGCGAGCCGCCGCCGGUCGACAUGGUGCGGUGUGUGCACAAGAGUUGGCUGGUGGCCGGCGGCGCAGCAACGAGCGUGUGGCGCGAUGCGAGCGGCAAGGAGCUGUUCCGGGUCGGCGGUCUCGGCUUGCUGUGGGCCGGCGCAGCGCCGCCGCCGGACGCCGUGUGGACGCUACGCGGCGAGGAGUUUGUGUGUCCGCGGCCGUAACAGGCCGUGUGGCUUUUACUUUUCUUGGCAGUAAAGCGAAUGCCGGUGACCGG